UGUCAUGUCCGGAAUGUUAGCCUGUGACACAGGAAGUAAAGGCAGGUUAGCAGAAGAAGCUGGUUGUUAUUCGGCAAUUUGCUGUUUCGUUCGUUAAGCAGUUCAUAUAAUUUGUUAGUAUUAUAUUCUUUAGUCAGCAUGUUGAUCAAAGUCAAGACUCUCACUGGAAAAGAAAUAGAGAUCGACAUUGAGCCCACAGACAAGGUGGAGCGAAUUAAAGAGAGGGUGGAAGAGAAAGAAGGGAUCCCACCGCAGCAACAGAGACUCAUCUACAGCGGAAAACAGAUGAAUGACGAGAAGACAGCAGCAGACUACAAGAUCCAGGGAGGCUCAGUGCUGCACCUCGUGUUGGCGCUAAGAGGAGGAUCGACGCACCACAGUUGCCGCUUACCCCUCUCCUCCUCCUCCUCCUCAUAAGUCACUGUUGGCAUGGGGGAGCCGGCUGAGUACCAACACUUUGGGUGUCUGUCACCGUCUAACCAUGUUACAGCACAGAAAUCUGAAAUCGCACGCUCCCAGGCUGAUGGAAAAGAGAAAAAAAAAAAUCAAAUGUAAACGUUAAAACAAAACAAAGGACAUUCUAAUUUGUUUGUACAUGUUUUUGAGAACCCUAACUGGCUUUCUGAGUUUGACCAGUUAAUGCAGGCACCUGUACAGAGACAGUUUAACACUCUGGUCUUUUUGCUUGUGAAUAAAUGCUGAUGUUGA